CGCGCAUGAUCGAUCUCAGGCAACAAGAUCUCUUGAUUUUAAUUCCCGUGAGCUGACUUGUAUAUAAAAACAGCAGAGCCGUAUUCAGAAGAUGAUGAAAAGACAGUUCCUUCUUCUGUGUCUGUUGUAUUUUUGUCUUUUUAUUGUCAGCAGUGAGGGCAAAGAGCAAAGGGAUAGGAAUGGACCCGACCUGUCUAUUAGCGAAGAAUUAUUUGUGCGUCAGUUGGAUAAAGCCGCCAAUUCUGUGGACCAGUCAACUUACAGGUUCUGUAGCAAUGGAGAAUGGACUAAUCCGAAUGAGCAAGAUAAUUCAUGCAUAUGUGUGUCCUGUCACUCAGUCUAUGAGGUGUGUGGUACAACACUAAUGUACAUAAGCUCAGCAUUGAACUUGUCGUUAAACCUCAGAAUAAAUAAUGAUAGUAAUGGCACUGAUUCUAAUGAAUCAACUACAGCAGAAGCUUAUGGCUAUGGAACUAUCAUGAUAGUGUUCAUAUCACUGUUAUCAUUGCUUGGCUUAUUUAUUGUCCCUUGUCUUACUCGGACAAACCCUACGGGUCAGUUAAUCAGUAGAUACCUAUUGACAUUGCUGACUGCUAUGGGAGUAUCAGCUUUGAUGUGUGGAGUAAUGUUUGAGCUCAUACCUACUAUAUUCCGUAUUGGUCAUAGUCAUGGUGAGAGUCAUGAUCAUGAUCAUGAUCACGAUCACAAUCAUGAUCAUGAUCACGAUGAUGAUGAAUUAAGUGAAAGCGAGAUAGUCUGGAAAGGCACUGCAAUAGUAGGUGGUGUCUUAAUUUUUUACGUGCUGGAGUCAAUACUACAAACACUUGUGGAUAACACAAAAAAGAAGAAUGAUAAGUCAAAGCUAACAGCUGAGGAACAAAAAGCAAAGGAUGACCAGAGCCCACUAAUGGAUGGUGAAAUAGAAGUUGUAGCUGAUACCAAUCAAACCUUUGUCAAAAGGUUUGUUCCUUUAAACAGGUUCGUCCUUUAGCUUGGAUAAUAUUGAUUGGAGAUCUAAGUCAUAAUUGUGCUGAUGGUAUUGCAUUGGGAGCUGCUGUUUCCCAAAGUCUUGCUCUA